CACAACAAUACGCACUUUAGAUAUUACUUUACCCAGCAGGAUAUAAGUAGCGGAUUCACUGGCUUUGCCUUUCCCCAGAUACCAUUCCACCUCUCAAGUCAUACUAGCAUCCUUUGCUCUAGCAAUUUAGGUUCUUGAUUUGAGUGCCAUUACAGGCUCUAUCACUUCUACCUCAUUCUCUUUGAAAGACGUACGUAGAAGAAGGCCUCUCAAAACGUUGCAAUCACUCCUAUCCCAAAAGGCGUACAUCGUAAACUUGCCGCUGCCAUGGCACCUGGACUUGUUGAACUACAAUAUCAACACAACACCACAGACGCUCCUGUAGUGGCCUCAAAGCCCAAAAAUGCACACAGCUACGUCCCGGGACGAACAAAAAUCAAACAACAUGACGAGACAUACGAGUACGAGGACCUAAGACCACACUUCCCAGACAUCACAUGGCCAGCAUAUACCGAGAUUCCCUACAUAGAAAAGGGCCAACUAGGAGACCCUAACUUCAAAAACCUCCUUGCCUCUGCCACAGACGUCUUUGACUACAACCCCAAGAUCGGGACUGAGGUACACGGCGUAGACCUCGCCAACCUCACCGAUGCACAAAAGAACGAUCUAGCACGCUUGAUCGCGACACGAGGUGUUGUCUUCUUCCGCGACCAAAAGAACCUUAGCAUUGACAAGCAAAGAGAGCUAAGUAAGUACUUUGGCGAGCUACACAAGCACGCCACAACUGGCGUUCCCAAGCGUAAGGGCCUCGAAGAUGUACAUGUCAUCUUCACAGGAGAAGGAAGUCCCGACCUACGAGCUCUGUUCACACCCACAUUUCUCUGGCACUCAGAUGUAACAUACGAACUCCAACCACCAUCCUACACAUCGCUCAAAGUCCUCACGGGCCCCCCACGAGGCGGCGGUGGCGACACCCUCUGGAGCUCGCAAUACGCAGCCUAUGAUAUGCUCUCGUCACACAUGCAAAAGUACCUCGAGUCACUGACUGCCCUACACUCCGCCGACCUGCAAGCCCAAGGGUCACGCGACCUGGGCCGCACGGUACGACGUGAACCCGUGACAACGGAGCAUCCACUUGUUCGAACCAACCCCGUGACGGGCUGGAAGAGUCUGUUCUUUAACCCGGGGUUCGUGACCAAGAUCGUGGGUGUGCCCAAGACCGAGUCUGAUCAUAUCAUCGGACUAUUGAAUGAGAUUGUUGCGACAAGUCCCGAGAUCCAGGCAAGAUUUCAGUGGAAGGAAGGUGAUGUUGCAUUUUGGGAUAACAGGGUCACGAAUCAUUCAGCAUCAUAUGGAUUUGCACCACACCGCAGACACGCCGUGCGCGUUGCGGUGCGUGCCGAACGGCCAUAUCUUGAUCCGCAAAGUCGGUCGCAGGAAGAUGAGUUGAGCGAGAGGCACGGGGUGCCCAAGGCCAACAAGGAUGGCAGUGGCAUAGUUAAUUAUAAUGAUUAAUAGUAGAAAAGAAGGAGAAGAACAAAAAUAAAGAAAUGACAUCAAUUGCACACAUCGGACGCAUCGUCAUCAUUAGUCUAAGCAGUAAAUCUAAUGUUUACAAUAAAUAUAUAACAUUACAGGUAAAUGGAUAAUAGCCACGACAUGACCCAUUUCAGACAGCCAACCAGCCAAAGCCAGAGGUAAAUGACCAAAGCAUAGAUUUCAACGCCAAGCCAACAUUUACGCCAUUUAGAGUGAAUUUUUUUCUAAUACCCUCU